AUGGCAGACGCUACCGCAGAUGCAGCGAUGCUGGCAAAAGCCGACUCGGACUUGAAGUUCCUCAUGGACGACGUGGGUGUGCCAACUUCCGUUCAGCUUUUGGUGUAUCGCAAGGGUUUUACUUCGGUGCAUGUCUUUGCGGGUGUGGAUGAUACUCGUCCAGAGGUCCGUCAAGCUUUGGCCAAAGAACUGCCGUUGCCUUACACGGAGAAUGCAGACUCGCGUGUGCACAUGGCCUUGCUCCUCUCAGUCUGGGACGCAUGCCGGCGGCAGUUGAGCGUGACGGAGAAGAACCGCGCGGAGUCCAAACUUGGGGUGCAGGACCGAGUGGUGCAAACAUCAGAGUACGCAGCCAUGCGCCGCGCUGUGGAAGACUACCACGGCACUUUGUCCGACAAAGAGUUGCCCAGCAAGUCUUUGUUGGCUCAGAAGCUCGAGCAGGUUGAGGAGAACGCUCCAGUCGUUGAAGAUCUUCGAGAUGCAACUAGCUUAGAAGAUGCUGAGACUGAAGCCUAUGCCGCCGUAAUUGACCCAGCUUCUUCAUGUCUGCGGAUCAAGCCGGGGCGCACCAUGACAGUGCCGCCAGCCACCCCAGAAGAGCUGCGGCUUCGUCAUCGCCGUCUCGGGCUGGCUUGGCACAUGAUCCGAUCCAAGCACACGACGCGCUCUUGGUUGCCUGAAAGCAUCGUGGACGCCUUUCGCAGACUGUCUGAUUUCGUGCUUGGAGAUAAGGUUGCAGGCUUAAAGGCCGAGGAUGGUCGUGUUCCUAAGUGGAGUUUGAUUCUCAAGUAUGAAUCAGAGCUGCGCAAGCGAGCGUAUCAGUCUGUUCGCGACGGCGCAGUGGGCGAUCUUGGUGCUGCUUUGAAGGCAGCUUGCGCAGCUCCGGACCUCUUCGCCUUCCACUUCGUGACCCCGUUCUCUCUUGGUGGUUGCACUGACAGCCUAGGUGGCACUGGGCAGGUGGAUGUGGGGGCCGGCUGGAAGGGUGCGGGAAAAGGUCUCGGCAAGAAGGGCGAUGGCAAGGGAAAAGUUUUGAAGACCAUCGCGAAGCACAAGUGGGGCCCGGAUGGGAAGCUCCUCUGCUUCCGUUUCCAAAAGAAGGCCGGUUGCCCCCACAAAGAUUGCAAGUUCUCGCAUUUCUGCCAGCGGUGUCUGCAGCCCCACUCCUACAGCGUAUGCCCCCUUGUGAAGCGUGAUGCUGCGAUGGCGCCUGCGGUGGACGGUGGGGCGCAUGCGCCUUACUUCGCCAAAGAUGCAGCUAUCUUAGACCCCGGACUGCGUGGACAUGGAGCAGCAAUGUGGUCAAACCUUCUUGGCAAACGCCGACCCUUCACUGAUGGCUUUGGGCUCUGUUCUCCCGGCAGAUGGCCGCCGGCGUCGAGGAGGAGCUCUGCGGACACACCGUCACUAGCUUUCGCGGAAAAGUUAGGCGCAGACCUUCUGAAGCUGCUGCAUAGUACUCUGGAGGUGCGCACGCUUGCCAUCAAAUUGGCUGCGGGCAAGGUAGACGUGUGCCCAUUUUCUGCUGAAGUCGUCGCGGCGGGGCGGGAGCUUGUUUUCAGGAGUCUUGAGUCUGCAGGGUCAACGCUGCCUGUGCGAGAAGUGUCAGAAGGGCAGCCAUUCUAUCUGGCUGCCAUUGAAGAGCUUCUGCGCGUUUCUGGUGAUCCGGACUACGCGGCCUAUUACACGGCCGAAAACUCCUUCGCAAAGGGCGUCCGCAUCGGGGUCGGGGCAGAGCUUCCUCGUGUGCCAGCUGUGUUUGAAGAAAAGACCCACUGGCGCAAAUAUGAUGAUGAUGCGGAGCACGCGCAGUCCGAGCGCGAGAACUAUCUGUCUGCUCGUGAAAAUGCGGCAGAGGUCCAGAAACAAUUUCUCGAGGAGGCAGCUCUAGGCGCGAUGGUAGAAGUUUCGCUGGAGGAGGCCCUGGCGGAAUAUGGGGACAGGCUGGCCUUGGCUUCACUGGGAGCCAUCGAGAAACGCGAUGGCACCUACAGAGUGGUUCACGAUGGCACCCACGGAGUCGGGGUGAACUCGUCUAUCAAGGUGCGAGACCAGUUGCGAUCGCCCACUGCAGGCGACCUCAGGACAGCCUUGAGAAUCAUGCCGCGUGCGUUCUUCGGAUUAACGGGUGAUGUGAAAAGGGCACACCGUUUGGUGAAAGUCGCGCGCCAAGACUGGGGGUUGCAAGCCUGCCGGACUGGCGUCGGUGGGAGUGAUCGCGUGUGGCUGAACAAGGUGGGCACUUUCGGGGUGUCCAGCGCUUCCUACCACUGGAGUCGCCUGCUCGGUGGUCUGGGCAGAGCUGCGUGCUACCUGGCACGUACCCUGGAGUUGGCGCAAUUGGUGUACAGCGAUGAUCUGCUGUGGCUUACACAGGACACAGCUCAUGGUCUGGAGUACAUCGUGCUGACUGUGUAUUUCUACGUCCUGCUUGGCGUUCCCUUUUCAUGGCGUAAGUUCUCUGGGGGCGUGGAGUUCACGUGGGUAGGGCUGGUGGUAUCUUUGAAGCAGAGAUCUCUGGGAAUCUCUGAGCGUCGUGCUGCGUGGCUCAUCAACUGGCUGGACACAACAGUGCGCAGUGGACAUGUGAGGGUGGCCGAUAUGCGGGCAGUUCUUGGGCGGCUGUCUUUUGCGUUGACAGCGCUGGGGCAUUUACGCCCAUUUUUGGGCCCCCUUUAUGCCUGGGUAGCUGUGCUUGACAACCAGCGGGUGUAUCCAUUGCCGAAGGCGAUUGUGCUUAUUAUGAAGUUCUUAGCAUCUUCUCUUGCGGGCCAGGGGCGGUUAGCUCCCGUAGGCUUGCCGUGCGUGGGAGAAAGGGAACUUUUCAGAACAGAUGCGCGUGCUGAGGGCAACGAGGUGUGGAUCGGCGGUUGGGCCUUGGACCAUCGUGACACCGCACAGUGUCGUUGGUUCUCAGAAAAGCUGACGCAUGAGAAUGCCCCUUGGCUCUUUGCAAGCGGUGAGUCCUACCGCCAAAUUGCAUCGCUAGAGUUGCUCGCGACGCUAGCUGCUGUGGUGCUCUUCGGGGUGCCAAAGGGCGAAGUCGGACGCAUUCGCUGCUCCGCCGGCACAGACAACCUGGGCAACACACACGUUGUAGCGCGGUUGUUGACCACUAGCUUUCCAUUAUGCGCCUUUCUCAUGGAACUUGCAACACAGCUGCAACGCCUGGGCACGGAGCUGCAUCUUGAUUGGCUGCCGCGUCUCCAAAACCGAGAAGCGGACGCACUCACCAAUGGAGACUUUGCGGGGUUUUCUGAGAUCCGGCGGAGGCGCUUCGACCUGCAGGACUUCGAGGGUUUUGUUCUGCGUGAGAUGCUGGGUGAAGGCCUCGACCUGUAUGAGGACAUCCGUGAAUGCCGGGCUGCCAAGCGAUGGAAGCGCGAGGGCAAACUACCAGCUGCGGAAUCCUUGCGACAGAAGGACCCUUGGCAGUAG